AUGCUGCAGGUCAUAGUAGUCGAUACGAACGGUUUAUGGAAUUACGACAUUUUCGACUUGUGGAGACAUUUCGACAAUUUCAACGAAAACCAAUUAUUUGCGCUGGCUUGGGAACAACAAAGUCCAGAACCAGACUGCAAACACUUAACCUAUAAGCCGAUACCGCCGCAUGGACUGAAUGACGAUGUGGUCCUACUGCACUUGCAGCGCAUGCGAGCCAAGGGCUGGGAUGAAAUGCGCUCGGUUGCUUUGUCCACCAUUCUGGGAGAACGUGGGCACCUCGGAAAAGGCGGGCAAGACAUAUUCAACACAGUGGUUAACUGGUUUCCGCAGAUCUACUAUCAACUUCCGUGUGAAUGGAACACGCAACUUCACUCCAAGAUGGUCGUCUCCUGUUGUCCUACCGUUUGGCCAGAUCGACUCCCCGAUGAAGUGGAUUGUAUUACUCUCAGUUCUCCUGGGACCUUGAAAAAACCCAGUUUGAUACGAUUAGCCAGUCUCAAUCUAAUCGUAAAACAGGAGGACCCAAAUUGGAACGGGACUUUAACCAAUAGCUCACAAACUGGUAAGAUGGUUACCAGGUUUACCGAAGUAUAUUCUCGAUUUCGUGCAAUUCCAAUGGACUGUCUAAUCUGACGAAGUUGGCCGAUUUAACAACAGCUCUUGAAUAAUCACUGUUUGAAGAAACUGGAUCGUCAAUUUGCUCAAAACGUUGUCCGGGCAUAAGCCUCAUCAUGGAACAAAAGACGGUGAAAAACAGCAAUAAUCUGCACGUUGUGCAGAGAACAUCAUGGGAGAAGUAACUAAAUAUUUUUAUGAAUAUUGUACACAUUGAUAAAUUAAUCACACUUACAGUAAUGUUCCAAACGUUGAGGUAAAAUUCACUGCAAGUAUAGAUAUUAUUCUUCUCAACAGACUCUUAGUUUAACUGUACAAGAAGAGCUGUUGAAAGCAUGUAUUUAAUAUUCAUUCACCUUUGAAUUAUUGCACUAUCUGAAGCGCAACGCAUAUGAAAGAAAUUAAAUCUUGAUUGAGGAAGUGUGAAAUCAGUGACAUAGCAGGAAGGAUCACAUUUGUCUUCCACACGACUUGCUCGUUUCUUUUUGUUGUUUUGUUUAACGACUAUUCGAAUUUAUGAAAAUUUCAAUUAGCGCUGCUUUUCCUUGGUAACGGAAGUAAUCUUAAGUUUUAAUCCGAUUGCCGUGUUACAAAAGAUUCAAUGGAACCAACUUAUGCAUCAUAUGUGACUAC